AUGCUGCCCAUGCGUCACGGCCGUCAGGGUCGCCCCGAGACAAGUUGGCUACUGCUACCGAAGCUCUACGUGUACCUGGGUGCACUGGCCAUCUUCAUUGCUGGGACACUGUUUGGAGGGGGUUACCACUAUACAAGGAGUGGUGGCUCUGGUGUCACGUCGCUCGGCCGCUACGUGUCUUCUAAGCCUACAGUGUUGGUCACGGGUGGCUUGGGCUUUAUCGGUAGCCACGUCGUUGAGGAUUUACUGGCCAAUGACUUUGAGGUGGUCGUGUACGAUGACAUGAGCAACGGCAAGAACUUCAAUCGCGAUGUCGCGUCAGUGCUGGUGAAAGACAUUACAGUCGUCGACGACUUUUCGUUCAUUGUCCACAAGGUUGACUAUGUGGUGCAUUUAGCUGCUGCAAUUUCUGUAGAAGAGAGCACUCGUCUCCCAGAGAAAUACGAGCGGAUCAAUGUCGAAGGGUCGCGCAAAGUGCUUGACUGGGCGACGAAGAAUGGCGUCAAGCGCGUCGUUGCCGCGUCUUCUGCUGCUACGUACGGCGUUCCGCUGCCCGAGAAUUUGCCUCUGAGUGAAGAGACCGCUACUGGUGGUAUCUGUGCAUAUGCCACCACCAAAUUCCAAAUGGAAAAGUUGAUGAAAGAGUUCAACGAGGACCACGGGCUCGCUUCGACAGCGCUACGGUUUUUCAAUGUCUACGGACCCCGGCAGGACCCCCACUCGUCGUAUAGUGGCGUUGUUUCGUGGUUCAUGGAGCAGGCCAAGAGCAAUGGCACAUUGAAGGUAACUGGUGACGGGCAACAGUACCGCGAUUUUGUGUACGUGAAAGACGUGGCACGUGCUAUCCGUACAGCGAUGCUCUUGACUAGCGGCGAGUUUGACGUGUUUAAUGUAUGCACGGGUGUCAAAUCUUCGAUCAAGUCGGUGGCCGAGCGCAUUGUGGAGAAGUUCGAAUCGUCUGCUGCUAUUGUGCACGUCCCGUUCCGCUCAGGUGACGUGAAGGAGUCGGUUUGCUCACCUGUGAAAGCAGCCAACAAGCUGGGGUUCUCGGCAUCGUACGAUUUUUCCGAUGGAAUUGGUGAGACGCGGGACUGGUUCUUGUCAGUCUAG